AUGGACGAGGUUCCAGUCACUUUUGACAUGUCUGGGAAGUAUACAGUGGACAAAAAAGGAGCACAAGACAUCACUAUAACGACAACAGGAGGAGAAAAAACCAACUUUACGGUCGUCCUUGGUGUGACUGCUGAUGGCAACUUCUGUCCACCAAUGGUAAUAUUCAAGAGGAAGACAAUCCCCAAGGAUACCCCGGUUAGCGCUGCAUGCCUUUACAAAGAAGGUUGCCAAAGGACAUUGUGUCGUGGAAAAACGCCUGCACCUUCAAAUAAAGGGCAAGCACUGCACACAGACCUCAUGAUCAUGGUGGCACCAUAUCUUCUUCUUUUCCUUAUUAGCUCACAGAUUCAAAGUCAGAAACUUACAACGGAGGAAAAUGAGCUCAACCACAAAAACUGCGGUGUUCAUUUCCUAGGACAGCCACUUCAGAAAAAUCGUCUGGUCAAAAAGUCUUACGGAGGCCGAGAGUUUGAAGAAAAUGAGUAUCCUUGGACUGUAGUUUUGAGACAUGAAGAGGCGGCCUGCAGUGGUGUUCAGAUAUCUCGACGAAAUAUUCUAACAGCUGCUCACUGUGUCUUGCACUUCGACGAUGAAAAGAGCUACGAGUUGUGCGCCAUUAACCAAUCACAGAGCAUUGUUUCUGCCCUAGCGGAUCCAGAAGAGAUGUCUGCUCUCAUAGGCGGAGGGAAAAUGCGAUGCCACGAUAUUCCUUGCCAACACAAUAAAACUCUGUAUAGAGCAAAAAAGAUCACAUCAAAGGAAUUGAUUUUGUGUAACUUUAAUGAUGAUUUGGCACUCAUUGAACUCAGCCGAAAUAUCUCGGAAAGCGAUUCGACACCCAUUUGCAUGCCCGAAGAUGAUUACCAGCUGAAUCCUGUCCUAUACGCAAGCGGCAUCGGAUUUGAUCCUUCAAGCCCUAUCACUUUUGACAAUCCGAUGGGCGAUCAUGCACAUGGACAGCAAGUAGUAGCACUUCGCUACCACGCAGUCGAUCAGUUACUGCACCAAAUUGAGACAGUGACAUUUGCGAAGACAUUAUGUCCAGGGGAUAGUGGAGGUCCAUUGUUUCAAAUGGACGAAGAGGGACGCCACAUUCUUGUAGGGAUCAAUAGUAACAUAAGCAGAAGUUGCACACGUCACAGUGGAAACUUUGCGAACCGCUUCACUGAUGUUCGUGCGAAUCUGGAUUGGAUCUGCAAAUACUCAGGUGUGUGCCCAGUAGAAGAAGAAUCGCGAUGGACUGAAGGCGCCAGACCACUGUAUGCUAGUCUAUAGCAUAUUUGAUUAGAGAGAUUUUUUUGGCUAGACUGUUAUGAAUAUCCACCACAGU